AUGAGCGGUGCAUUGAGAGUCGUAGAUCAGACACCGCGCGAAGACGACUUCACCAGCCUCGAGGCACACCAACAAGAAACACCGGGCAGCUUCUACGACGCAAAAGCCGUUUUGCACCACCGCGUCCAAAAUGCUACCUUGAAGGUGUCGGAACGCGACUUGGCCACCAACGCUGCCCUGCAAGCAUUGCGCACCUCUGCCGGUCCUGGCGCUGCCCCUCACGCCUCUCCUCACUCGCAUACCAAUGGCGACGGCGAGGAACCCAGAGUCGAGGUUACCAUCACGCGCAUCUCUAUCUGGGUAACAUCAGACUCGACCGCUGGCCAGGGUGUCCAGAUCCCAUACCGAACCAUUUCUCUGCACGCUCGUCAACAAAACGCCUUGUACCUCCAACUAUGUUUGAGCGACAUUUCGCAAACCGCCGAUGAUGACCUCGAGACUGUUGAGCUUUUGUUGACCCNNCCUGAGCCUCUGGGCGACAGCGACCCGAACGACGCUGCCGAGAAGCUAUUCACGGCCGUGUCUGACUGUGCCGACCUGCACCCUGAUCCCGAUGAGGAUGACCAAGAGCAAGAGCAGGAACCCGAGCCGGGAACUGGUGGCUGGAUCACUUCCGAGAACUUGCAAGACUUCAUGGACGAAAAUGGCGAGUUCCGUAUGCCCGAAGGCGGAAUCCUUGGUGCUGGUGCUGGUUCAGUCAGAACUGCCGACCAAUUCGAGGAUGCCGAUGAUGGUGACGACGUUAACGGUGAAGAUGCUUCUGAUGAAACCAAAUGGCGCAGAACGAGCUGA